AUGUCGAUUAUGGAGUUGAAUGGAGGGUCGGUGGUGGCCAUGGUUGGCAAGGGAUGUGUGGCGAUUGCGUGUGAUUUGAGGUUGGGAAACCAGGCGUUGACGGUUGCAUGUAACUUCGAAAAAGUCUUCCAAGUUACCGAUAAGAUGUUCGUGGGCCUUCCUGGAUUAGCGAGCGAUACUUUCACCUUGAAGAACGUGUUCAGACACCGGGUGAACAUGUACAAGAUGAAGGAGGAGAGAGUCGUCGAGCCGCAAACAAUGGCCCACUUGAUUUCUUCCACAUUAUACCAAAAACGAUUUGGACCUUACUUCGUCGAGCCUGUGGUUGCGGGAUUGGAUUCGAAGAACGAGCCGUUCAUUGCCGCGACCGAUCUGAUUGGAUGUAUCAACUUUGCAAAAGACUUUGUAGUCUCGGGAACCGCUUCCUCAAAGCUGUUCGGGAUGGCAGAGGCCUUGUGGGAGCCCGACCUGGCCCCAGAAGAUCUUUUCGAGACGAUCAGCCAGACCCUCUUGAACGCCGUCGAUCGGGAUGCUUACUCGGGUUGGGGCGCGGUGGUCUGGAUCAUUGAAGCCGACCAGGUCACUAAAAGGGUGCUUAAAAGUCGGAUGGAUUGA